GAUAAAUGUUUUAUAUUAAAUGAUUCUCAAUAAAUAAUUAAAUUUACACAAUUAAACAAAAAGCAAAGUUAAUAUAUACAUCAAAACAAUAAACUUUUAAGGUAGACAUAGCUUACAUCAAUACAAUAACAGGUGAGACUUAUACCAAGUUAAGCUUUGUACAUCAUGGACUACUACUGUCAUCCUAGCUACUAAACACAAGGUCACCUGUCAGUAAAUCUGUGACUAGAGAUGUCAUUGUCAUGUCAUAGUCAACACUGUCAGUUUCCAAUUCAUCAGGUCCCCAAUGUACCAUCAGCAGAACCUGUUCUAGUCUCCAAGAUGCGUUUUAAAUGUCAUGUGUCCACUUGCAACCGCCUCCUGCCAUCUCUAAACUUGAAAAAGCCCAACAGAUCUCAGUAUACCCAAGUGUCUAUUGGUGUUAAGCCUUCAGCCAGUCACCAGGAUGGGCGCAUCGUUCUCAUGCUGUGCACAACACAAAAUAUGAACGGCACAAAAUAUUUGCUGUACAGAAAUGUGGAACAAAUAUUCUCCAAAUUUCUGAAUGAAGGAAAAGUGACAUUGAGAUUGUCGUCACCUUCUGAAGAUAUUUCAUUCAGCAAAGCGGACCCCAACGACCUGAAGUUGUUUGUGCAGCUGGUGAGGCUGGCAGCGGAGGGGAAGGAGCUGCCUACAAAGGCCAUGAGCACGUUAGCGCCAGCCACAGGCAAGCAGAUAGAGAAACCUGUCACCAGUCUACACGUGGACAAACCCUCGCAGUACCCCAUGGCAUUCCCUAAAUCUCUCAAACAUUUGGCGAUCACCUGUUGCUCGCUGCGCCGCAUCAGUGCCCAGGUGACAGCCCUGACCCACCUGGCCUGCCUGAACCUGAGCAGCAACCAGAUCAGCCAGGUCCCCGAGGCCCUGGGUCAGCUGGUCAACCUUGACACCUGUGACCUGUCUGACAACAAACUGACCAGUUUCCCCCCUGUAUUUUACACCUCUCAGCUGCGACACACGCUGGCCUCAGUCAACCUCAAGGCCAACACAAUACAAACUCUACCUUCAGAGAUAGCACAGCUGGUGAAGCUCCACACCUUGAAUGUCAGCCACAACCAGCUGAAGAGAGUCCCUGAGAGCGUGGCCCGCAUGAAGACACUGCGCCACCUCUUCCUGUCAGACAACAUGCUGGACUUCCUGCCUGGCUCCCUGCUCACCCGCACCCUGGAGACUGCUGACUUCAGCAAUAACAGCUUCCUACAUGGCUUCAAGGGAGGGGAGGCAACUUGUUUUCCUGUUCCUUCUUUAGCAGAAUCAGCAGCAAGAGUUAUUGUUCAUUCCAGAGUGCCUUACAGUGAGCUGGACCUGGAUGUGUUUUCUAUCCGCUACAUUUCCCAAGGUCAUGUCUGCUUGUGUGGGCGGCCAUGUUUUGAGUCCAGCGUGUCACAGAUCCAGAAGAGAAGACAACCCUGUACCCUGAGCUACAGUGGUGAGGAGUUCCCUUAUCUUGUUUAUUUCUGCUCUAGGAGGUGUCUGCUGAGGUUCCACACUGUCCAGCCUUGACCUCCUGACCUUUGCUUGUGAGGACACCUAGUGUCUGCUGAGGUUCCACACUGUCCAGCCUUGACCUCCUGACCUUUGCUUGUGAGGACACCUAGUGUCUGCUGAGGUUCCACACUGUCCAGCCUUGACCUCCUGACCUUUGCUUGUGAGGACACCUAGUGUCUGCUGAGGUUCCACACUGUCCAGCCUUGACCUCCUGACCUUUGCUUGUAAGGACACACACUGGAGCUAUACAAGGGGCUGUGAGAGAGCUCAAUGGCCAACAGGUUGUCAAAUGUGUGGGAGACCUCAGCCAAAUGUGUGGGGACCUCAGUCAAAUUGUGUGGGGACCUCAGUCAAAUGUGUGGGAGACCUCUCUAGGACAGUACAAAGUGUUAACUUGAGCCAAAUUUUGCCUGGACAUACAGUGUACAUUUGUAUCUUAACUGUCUCAAGUAGAAUAAGUUAAUUCAUGCUUCACAGCAUGGGAACUAGGAUGGGGGGGGGGGGAGCAGACAUAAAGUCUGCACACCCUUGACUAACACCAGACAGUAUAAAGGAGAGAUUGAUGUAGCCUGAUCAUUUUCUGUAUGACUGACUGAGUGAUGUAGCCCAAAUAUGCUCUGUAUGACUGACUGAUUGAAAUUGUCAGACCAUACUGUAGAACGAGACAUUUGGACUCAGGGGUCUAACAAAAUCCAUAUAUUGUUCUCUCCCUGCUCUGUCUUCUUGCUCUGCGACUUUUUAAGGCAGGGGAGGCAAUUAAAGUUAUUUAAAAAUUAAAGCCCUAGACUAGUGAGUUAAUUUCUCCUGAGAGAUUUGCAAUCUGUAGAGAAAAUUAUUGCUGCACAUGUUUUGUCACUCAACACAAGCUGGUGUG